GAGAGCAUAUGCUCCUCUUUCACAACCCUAGCUUCCUUUCCAUUUUUCAUUCGCCGACCCCCUCUGUUGCUUUCCUCUCGAAAAUCAUGAGUCCGGAUAGUGAAAUUGUGUAGUCAAUUGAGAUUGCUCUUCGAUAAUUGGGAACAUAAAGGAGGUUGGUUUGCUCAUGAAUCGAUAAUUGGAGGGUGGUUUAGAGUACAUCUUUGAGUUCUAGCCUCGAGAGCUUGUCGCGCCUUUUAGUGCUCGUUACUGUCAUUGAAUUUUUCAUAAUUGUAAAUGCUUAUCAUCGAUGUGAAGUUCAGAGGAUUGGUGGGAUGAAGAAGGCUUUAUGCAGCCGUCUAUGUACAGAGCUCGUCACUCACAGUCUAAUCGUAGUGGUUUUUUUCUUGGUGAUGCUAAAGUUGUUAUCCCCUUUUUUUGUGAGUGCUCUCAUAUAGCUUCGCAGAGUCAACGUUAAGAAAUUGUCUUUCUCGAUGGAAGGUACAACUUCUGGAACUAAAUCAGUAGUGAUUGACAACCACCAUCCUAUUGUGCCAACAAAAUCUCAACAGCAAAAAGAUUUGGUUAAGAGGACUCCUGAAAUCUCUGAUGAUCUGGGGAGAAAUGCAAGGGAAAUGGUUUCCUUGAGAGUUUUAGAGAGCUUAUUUGUCCAGAAAAACUCAUAUGCAAAUAGUGUCACUUCAGUUCCAGGUGACAAAAUUGAACUUGAUCCGUCAAGGGACUGCGAAGAUGUCCUUCGAUGUAUAUUGUUGGAGGUGUCGGCAUCAAAUCUAAAAACAGCUAUGCCAGAUAUGUUAAAGUGGGAUGUUCGGUCAUUCAUUAUGAAAAAGAGAUCUCUCUUGCCAAAGUGUCUUUUGCAACAACUCAAAGAUGCCAUUGUGAAAUCGACGAAUCCUUUUUCCACUUCCUUGAAAGAAAGCAGUGGAUUGGAGUUGGGGAACCACUCCAGAUACAGUGUUACUGCUGAUGCUGUUGAUUCUGAUGGCUUUAAGCAGGGACAUGAAAUAGGAAGUGUGGAUACCCGACGUGCUGCACCAACUGAGAACUUGGAUACUUUAACCCAGGGCGACAAGAAUGGCCUGCAAGAAAAUCAGCCUGGAAGCACUCUGCUGCCUGUUAAGAGGAGUUUUAAUGCCCCGACUGCUUAUGAAAUAGAAGUCAAUAAAACUAAAGCCAUACCAGAGAACAGUUCUGAUCCAUGUGCAAAGGCUGCCAAGAAGUUUAAGCAGGAUGUUGUUGUUCCCAUUCAGAACACUCUUCCUGAUUUGAUAUCGCCUCAACGAGAUGGAGUCCCAGCAGAAUCAUGUGGAGGAAGUCAAUCUGUUGUUCGAAAAGGAAACUCGGAAGAUGAAGCUCAUGGUACCCUCAAAGCAAAUGGAUGUCUGAAGGAUGGUAAAGCGGAGCAUGCUGCAUCAAGAAGUGUUUUAUGUGGCAUUGAUUCUAGUAUCAAGAAUCUCUUGCCUCAAAGAAUGAGUACAGACAAGAAGUUCCAAAAUAUUGGAAGUAGCAGCAAUUGUUGUGCUGAACAGGGAACAUCAAGUGGCUCAUCCCGGCGGGUGAUUCAGCAGGAUUCUCGCACUUGUGGCUCCAAAGGUUACCUGGAUUGUAAUCUUCCACAAGAUCUGCAAAAUGGCGAACCUUCUAAUGCAGACAAAGAGAAUAUCGAGCAAAAUCAUGAAUCUGAGUUCUCUGGUGAUACUGAUGAGUAUCACAAUGAGAGCACUGAUCUUGCUUCACAGAAAAAUGAUUUCUUGAACUUGCAAUGCUCUCAGGGUGAAGGUUCUUUGGCAACCGUUGAUUGUACAGAGCUUAAUCUUUGUGUGAAGUGUAAUGAAGGGGGGAACUUAAUUGUUUGUAGGUCUGAUACCUGUCCUUUAGUGGUUCAUGAAAGUUGCUUGGGUUCUGUACCCAACUUUGAUUACAAAGGAAGCUUCUAUUGCCCCUUUUGUGCAUAUUCUCGAGCCAUUUCUGAGUACCUGGAAGGUAAGAAGAAGGUCUCACUUGCUAGGAAAGAUUUGGCUGCAUUUAUUGGCUUGGGAGCUGGACAACGAUCAAAGAAGUCACGACCUAGGUCACAAGGAAUGAAGAAGCAUCAAUCUCGAGAGUAUACAAAUGUACAACUAUGCCGCAAUGAAAAGGGUAAGAAUUCAUUGAAUGUGGUCUCAGAAGCAGGAAGUGCUCCAGCUAACAGGAGUUCAGUCAGGCUUCAAGCCAUGCAAACUGGUGCACCUCAACCAGAGGCUUCUCUACUUAGCAAUGAGAAUCGGAGGAAUUCAUUGAAUGAGGUCACAGAAGCAGGAAGUGCUCCAGUCGACAGGAGUUCUGUUGGUGCUCAAGUCGUGCAAACCGGAGCACCUCAACCAGAGGCUUCUCUACCCCGCAAUGAAAAUGAGACGAAUUCAUUUAAUGAGGUCACAGAAGCAGGAAGUGCUCCAGCCGACAGGAGUUCUGUCAGAGCUCAAGUCAUGCAAACCGGUGGAUCUCAACCAGAGGCUUCUCUACCCUGCAAUGAAAAUGGGAGGAAUUCAUUGAAUGAGGUCACAGAAACAGGAAGUGCUCCAGCCGACAGGAGUUCUGUCGGAGCUCAAGUCAGGCAAACCGGUUCACCUCAACCAGAGGCUUCUCUACCUAAACAAUGCUUAGUAGCUGGUCAACAACCCAACAAAUCACCUCUUAGAUGUCAUAGAUCAAGACAGAAUCAGUCCAGAGAGGAAGAAGAAUUGUGUCAUGAUGAGAAUAGAAACAAGAAUUCUUCUGAGAAGGCUGAAGAAGCAGGAAGUCGUCCAGUCAAUAGAAAUUCAAUGCAUGCCGAAGUCUCGCAGAUCCAUCCACCUCAACCACACGUUCCUCAUGAACUUGUGUGCCAAGAAAGUUCUUCUAUAGAAGACAGUUCUGAAGAAGAAGAAGAUGAGAUAGGUUCCAAAUACCGUGUACAAUUUAGGAACCGAGAAAAGAAUUCCUGUCCCUGGAUUCCUCAACUGAGGAGGAAGAAGCUCCCAUGGACAAAAAUAGAGGAGGAAACGUUAAAGGAGGGAUUACUACGAUUCUCACAUUAUCGUGAUAGAUGGAAGAUGAUUUUGGAAUUUGGAGGUGAUGUUUUCCUGAAAGGUCGGACAUCCGGGGACCUCAAAGAUAAGUGGAGAAACAUUAGCAAAGCAAGCGAGAAAGCAACAUAAAGAUUUCUCUUUAAAAUGGACUCUAUAUCUGUGUAUAGUUGUCUAAUAUUGUUGGCUGCUUUUCUUGGAACGGCAUACUAUUGUGCAUAACACAGUUACUGUUCAUAUGUGGUUAAAGUUUCUCCGAUGGUCUAUUUUGUUAAGCUUGAGGUCUCUCGAGCCUUCUGUUGUACCCCCAAUGUCCCUGUUAGAAGUUUUUGGAAUGAAGUAAGGUGAAGAAGCCAAAAUUAGAAGUUUCCAUGUAGCUUGCAGAAAAUAGCAUUUUGUUAUAUAAACUUUUCUCUAGGUGAAGUCUAGAAAGGCUUAAAUCUUCCGCUUGUAAAUGUUCUGAAGAUGUAAUUACUACCUUGUUUAGCAAGUCUUACCAGUUUGUUUGAUCCUUUUAUGAUGUCAAUGAUAUGAAAUAGUUACUUUUUUGAAGUA